AGAAACCCAAUCUAAAUCAACAAUGAAAUUCCUGUGGUUCAUCACCUUCCUGCUCGCGCUCGUUGGCAUGAUCGCUGGGGAUGCCUGCCCGAAGGGAUUCAAAUCGCAGAACAACAAGUGCGUCACGCAGCGCCCGGUGCACGGCGAAUGCCCGAAAGGCUCAAACUACAACGCCAAGCUCAACUUGUGCGUGCAUAACUAG